GAGUUCUGGUCCGUUUUCGUUCGAGAUUUUAGCGCAACUUACAUAAGAAACCACAGUCCUCAAGAAAUAGAGCACAAAGUGCUUCUUGGGAUCCCUGCCGACAUGUGUUUUGCCAUAUACUCCAGUAUGCUCAACAUACCGGCCACUGUCGAAAGCCAUACGUAUGAAAGCUUAGUGAGAAAAGCCAAAUUGGCCAAAUUUGAGGGUGGGACCAAACCAGAUUCUGAUCCAGCCGACCGCAUUGAAUUGUCCGAAGUAUACUGGUAUUGCUUAAAGGGCAACGUCCACGUGGCUUCACAAGUUACGGGGCUUUUGAGUCCAGCUUUGAUCGAGAAUUUUGCUCGGAUUUUACAGCUGGCAGAGGGUAUAUCGAAGCACGACGCGCUUGCGAUUUUGUUCAAAAUUACUGAAAGACUUGCAACAAUCUCAAAGGCUGGGUUUAAAUAUAAAGGCAGCCGCUGUCUCGAAGAUUUUGCUAGCGAACAAUUUUUACAUGUCACGAAGCAAGGAAUUAACAUUCUUGCCUUCUUUGAUACAGCUUUCGAACGAUUCACGGAGGAAAGCAUGGAAAAAAACAUUUUGUUGAAUCUAUUCAAUAUGGUUCUACUUGAAGGACCAGAUUACCUCCUUCGUUUACUGUGCUCAGCAUUUGAAAGACAGAAGGACAGAGUCUUGAGUCUUGACGGAGACGCUUUGAAAGAAUACAUUUUCUCAGAGGAAUUUUUUUCCGCUAUCGACUCAGAGACCUUGGAGAAAAGCUUAAACGUUGACUUUCCCAUUAUAAAGUACGAAAAUGAGUAUUCUUUUAUGAACUCCAACUCAAUCUCAGGAAAUGACAACGAAAUCUCAAAUUUGCAAGAAGCCAACCAGGAGCUUACACUGAAGCUUGAGGGGUUGAAAGAAAAGUUUGUACAGCUUCAAAUAACACAUGAGGAGAUUUUCGGGCAGAACUCAGAGUAUGCGAGUAAACUAGCGCACGCACGGGAGGAGAAGGCCUCGUUGCUCAUACGGAAAGCGAAUCUACAGCAAAAAUACAACCAGCUCACGAUGCAAGACAAUUUGAGCAAUACCAUCAAAGCUAAUAAAGAUAUCUCAAUGGAGAAUCAGAAUCUCGAACAGCAAAUAGAAGUCAUGAAGAAAAAGGUGGAAGCGAAG